AUGGUAGGUGAUACGAUGAGCAAUAGUGGAAUAGAUAAACAACAUAUUAUUCGUGCAGAUGAAGGCGAAGAAUAUAUUGUAGAUCGUAUUGUUAGUCAUCGAUUUCGUAAUGGACGAAAAGAAUAUUUACUUGCCUGGAAAGGUUAUCCUGAAGAAGAAAAUACAUGGGAACCACACCAAAAUUUAGAUUGUCCAGAUUUAAUUGACGAAUAUGAAAAUCGUAUCUUGCAAAAACCUCGUUUUAUCAAUGAACCGUCAACAUCACUCAAACGUAAAUCAUCAUUAGAUCAAGCACCACAACAAAAUAAACGAGGACGACCACCAAAUGAUUCAUUAGGACAUAGAAAUUAUUCCAAACAACAAACAUCAUCUUUACAUACAGAUGAAACAUCUGCAUUCGAUCGAGGAUUAGAACCAGAAAAAAUUCUUGGAGCUACUGAUGCAACAGGUGAAUUAAUGUUAUUAGUUCAAUGGAAAGGUACAGGUGAAGCUGAUCUUGUUCCAGCACGUAUAUGUAAUAUUAAAUGUCCACAAGUUGUUAUAAGAUUUUAUGAAGAACGUUUAACAUGGAUAACAACACAACAACAAACAACAAACGAUACUAAUAAUAAUAGCACAGAUAAUAAUGGAACAUCACAGCAAACCAAUACAAAUCUCAUUGAAAAUGAUAAUAAUCAAACGACAUUAUAA